CGCGCUGGUGCUGGAAAGAAACUCACGUCGUCGUCAGCAGUUGCUUCACGGGGCGGAGAGGCGGACCACGGCGAGGGAAAUCAGAUAUCUGGAAACGGGCACGGAAAUAGCGAAAAAGGAGACACUCACCUGUUAGACUACUGAACUGCCUGUUUCUGUCAUGAGGAAUAACCACAAAAUAACCACCACUCUACAAAGGGACUUAGUUAUCAUAUUUUACAGUGACACCUGUGCAGUGGUAGCUUUUUAAAUGGCUCUGUGCUGACAAGGCCUUCCCUUUCCUGGCCCGACAUAUUCUGAAUCCCAGGAGGGUUUUUUUGUCAUCACCAUGAUUAGAGUCUUCAGGAAAUUCUAGCACUGCAGAGCCCCACCAAGGAGGGAAGAGGCUGGGCUUGGAACCCUGUGUAUCCCAAAUUCAAAGUCGCACAUAGCGAAGGACCCAAGAACCAUGUAGUAUACCUCUUUCCGCCACAGGGGGGAGGGUUAACUUUUUAGGUCUUUUUUUUGUACAAUUAAUUUUUUUUUGGCUGGGAGUUGGUAUACAAGGUGAGCCAGAAAUGGUCUUGCACACCUCUCCCUACCCUAGUGCCUUUCUCAGCUUUCUGAGCUGUCUGUCUUGGGUCUUUGUUUUCCCUUGCUACUGGUUAUUGGAUCGGUUGUUGGCCUCCUGUGUAGCAACAUCACUAGAGAAGCGUAGACGCUCCCAAGAUCCCUGCUCUUUUUUGGCACUUGGGGUCCUGAUCUCUACACCGCUCUACCUGGUGCUUUUACUGGCAUCCUUACCCUUUGCUUUUAUUGGCUUCCUCUUGUGGGCCCCACUGCAGACCAUUAGGAACCCCUACAUCUACUCCUACCAGAAACCAGACAAGCAUGGCGCCGAGCAGGGAACAUUAUCUGGAACCGGGGCGGCACUUGCUGAGUGGCGUCUACAGGGUCGCAGUUUUUGCUUCGGCAGUGCCAAUGUUUGCCUGCUGCCGGACUCACUCGCACGCUUCAACAACCUUGCAGACACUCAACGGCGAGCUCGUGAAGUGGGCAAGCGGAUCCGAAAUGGUGCGAGCAGACCCCAGAUCAAGAUAUACAUCGACUCACCCACCAAUACUUCAAUUAGUGCGGCAUCCUUCUGCAGCUUGGCUACCCAGGGCUUCCGCCGCACCUCAUCUUUGGACCAUCGUCCCGAGCCUGUAGUCACCACUGAACCUGAAACUGAGGCCUUAACUGAGUGUCCCAUUCACCCCUCAGGAGAUACAAGCUCGGAUUGCCCUGUCCACAAUAAUGGAGCCCAAAAUUCCUCGGAGUGUCCCCUGCACCCCGAUGGAGAAGAGAAUGCUCCUGAUUGUGCCGUCCACCAGUUUGCAGACCCACAAUCCUCUGGUGACUGUCCAGUACACAGCAACAUCAUCCAGAACUCAGAAGACUGUCCUCUCCAUCCGGCUGGAGUGCAAAUCAGCAUCACCUCUCCUGAUUCUGAGCAGACUGAGGCUGAAAAAGGAAAUCACCAGACUGGGGAUGGAGAUACGGGUAGCCUAGAAAGUCGUACGGCCUCACGGGAAUCCCUGGUUCGCUUCCACGCAGCCGAUGGAGGCAUCUCCCCCAAUAAUACCCUUUCACAACACCGCACCUCAGUCUUUAAAAGGUCGAUUGGGCGCAAACGCCGUCACGGAGAUGACACCUUUGACCAUGAGAUCUCUGCCUUCUUCCCAGCCAACCUGGACUUCCUUUGUCUGCAGGAAGUCUUUGAAAGGCGAGCUGCAGAAAGGCUCAGGAGACAGCUGCACCGCUAUUUUCCAUUUGUGCUGAGCGAUGUGGGACGCUAUGGCUGGAAAGGCUGUUGCUCCCGGUUCAAGUUCUUGAACAGCGGGCUUCUGUUGGCCAGUCGCUACCCUAUUCUGGAUGCCCAUUAUGAGUGCUUCCCUAAUGGGCGCAGCGAGGAUGCUCUGGCUGCUAAAGGAGUUCUUUUUGCCAAGGUGCAGGUGGGAAGCUCUGCUCAGGAUCAGCGGGUUGUUGGAUAUAUCGCUUGUACUCAUCUGCAUGCUAUUGAAGGUGAUUCAUCGGUGCGCUGCGAGCAGUUGGAUAUGCUGCUGGAGUGGGGAGCAGAGUUCAAGAGAGCCACCUCGGGUCCCUCAGAUGAGGAGAAGGUUCUGGAAGAUCAGGUGGCCUUCGAUGUCAUCCUCGGAGACCUCAACUUUGACAACUGCUCCUCAGAGGAUAAGCUGGAACAGCAGCAUGCCCUCUUCACUCAUUAUAAAGACCCCUGUCGUCUCGGUCCUGGAGAAGACAAACCGUGGGCUUUGGGUACACUGCUGGACACGAGUGGUCUGUAUGAUGAGGAAGCCAGCUCACCAGAGAGCCUACAAAAGGUUAUGGAGAAUGAAGAGGGGAGAAAAGAGUACUUGGUGUUCCCUUCUAGCAAGAACCAUUGUCCCAGCCAGAAGGGGCGCAAAAUCCCCCUGAAAGGCAAUGGUAGGAGAAUCGAUUACAUCCUUUAUAAAGAGGAAGGCCUGCAGCCAGACUGGAAAGUGGAUAUAGAGGAGUUCAGCUUCAUCACUCAACUUGCUGGAUUGACUGACCACCUCUCAGUGGCUGCAAGAUUGAUUGUGUCAACUGGAGAAGAGGAGACUUAGGACCCGGCCAUAAUUAAAAAAAAAAAAAAAUCAAUGCCACGAAGAAAGAGGUGAGAGGCAAAGCGAGAGAAGUGAGUGAAAGGAAAAACAGCAGGAGGAGGCAUUCGUCAAACUUCCCGACAGAUGAGGGCAGGGUGAUUGAGAGGGUUGGUAAGUCAUAAAAAACGAUGGAUGAGAUAGAUGGAGAACACAGACAAGAGAUGGGGUGAAGGGAAGGAGAAAACCACCAAUCAGCUCAAAGCAGCAUAAAGGUGUGUGAUUUUGUGGACCUUGGUUCUCCAUCCACCCCAGGACUCUGUGUUUACAUCUGAACUGAAGAACAAAAUUAAAGAUUUACUCACCUUUGCACUUCUGAAGCUUCUCUGGGGCCCUUCAAGGGGCAGAGGCCAUUUUCUGGUGCCAUGACCCGGAUAUCCGAAUGAAGGCUGUUGCAUGGAAGAAUGCAUACAUUGACUAUUCCGGUUGUCCUGUCACACAAUAGGGACAAGGAUGUGUACGUCUGUGUGUUUAAAGUUCCACCGCAAGAUCUAUCCCUCAGCAUUCUUCAAAAGACCUCAGCAAGUGUCUUUCUUUUCUAAAGUCUUUCUAAGGUUUCUAUGGCCUUGCGCCAUCUUUUUAGGGAGUUUAUAUACUGAUAUACAAUACUGAUCAAGGUUGCAUUGUAUGGCCUCAUGUAACACUAAGUUAAAUGAUUGAGAACAUGUUUUGUUGACCGCUGGGAUAUCAAGUCCUGAAGUAUGGCAGGGGAUGUCAUCGCUCAAAACUAUGGGAAAACUGAGCAAUUAAUGGGGAUUCAACCUCAGACUGUUGGUAGAUGCAUGUUUCUCAGUGCACUGCCAUGUUUGUCAUGGCCUGCAUGUUUGACGUGAAAUCCUGUGACGCAAUCAACACAGGGUAUUUUUCGCACACAAGCCCCCUCCCCUAACACUUUUCCUUCUUGCAGUAUUGCUGUGGCUCAAUCACAGGAGAAUGAUGUCGUAAAGGGCAUCGCAUUUACACUGUUUACAUAUUUGAGCCAAGAUUGUCGUCCCCUGCAAAUGUUUACACACUUAUCAGGCAAUGGUACCCCAAGAACUACCCCAGGUAGACCCACUGAAGCUCGCUCUUCAUGUGUUAACACAAUUGCUUUUAUACUCUCUAAAAUUCUCUUGUUAUAAGUUGUUAUUAUUGCUAAUAUUGUUAUUAUUAUCAUUAUUCUUAUGAUUAAUAUGAUUCGUAGAUUUGACAUGUGCUUUUUACAAAUGACUACAUUCCCCAUGAUGCUUUAAUCUGCUUUUUGCUGUGUUAUAGGUUUCAGCAGUGUAGUGUAGAGCUCCGCCCUGUUUUGACUGACAGACUAAUUGGCCAAUCAGUAUGCCUAUAAACAACUUUAGAACUAAAUGCUGUGUUCCGUUCAGUUCUGAAUGCGCUAGGGAAUGCAACUGAAGCACCAGAUCCAAAAGGCAUUAUAUGUGUUUUUGCAUAUGUAUUCUCUGUAGAUGAGGAAAUACAUGCUAAAAUACUAAAAUAAUAACAGAACAUAUUUUUUCAUCAAUGGUUUGAAAGGUUUUGAGCAUGGAGAGUAACUCUUAAGAGUUGGAUCUUGUUAGUGAAUCAGCAUCAAACACGAUAGAUACUUUUUGGUCAGUCAAAAACAUAUAGUGCAUGCAUUGAAGUCCGGUUCCUGAAUAAUUGACUCUUUUGAGCAAUAAAGUUGAAAAAAUUGACUGUUUUCGAUUGACCAAAAAUAACUUAUUCAAAAGCUUCACUUAUAUACAUAGCUGAUUCACUAAAAAGAACAGACUCUUAAGAGUUAGUGUUCAUGACAACGUCUAGUUAAAAAACACAUUUUACAUGAGUUUUGUCAGUAUUUUAUAAAUAUUAAUAAAUAAAAGAUUUCAUGUUUUUGUUUAUUUUUUAAUUUUUAUUUACUAUAGCCUACAAGGUCAGAAAAAAAGAACUGAAAAGUCAUUAAAAAGUGCGUAAAAAUAUUUGUACAUUUUAUUGUAUUUAUUCAGCAAAUCAUUUUAUUUGUUUAAUGGAAUAAGUUUGUGGUUGGAAGCCAGUGAUAGAAACAUCCCACGUCAAACUUUGGAUGAAACGCAGCACUGAUCUAGUCCCAGUGCACCCUCAAGCCACUAAUUUUAAUCUUGCACAUCAUUCUUCAAUCAGGUCAGUGUGCCAUAAUAAUUAACCCUAUCCAGACCCACCAGUACUAAUGCCUAUAAGGGAGCACAGGUUAUGAUUCUGAUUAUCUCUUGGUAACCCAUGUUCAUUUAAUUUGAAAUAAAGCUCUUCCUAUCAUAUCUAAACUGACGUCAUUUUUCAAGGACACUGUCAAAGGGUCAGACAGGGAGGGAUGUAGUAGAGAUGCAUGCAGUUAAAUAAUGAAGCUUCACAAUUUCUCACUCUCAUGGCUGUAAAUUUAAGAUCUUACUGUUCUCUAUAUAUUGUUUUCGAAACUAUGUACUUUUUGUUGUUUUUUCUCUUUUCUUUUAAAUUUCGAGGAAUGCUGCUUGCUUCAAGCUUUCAGCUGGUCAGGCUCUCAAGGGGAAACAUGGAAAGGGAAAAGCUUUCUCAGUGUCAGCUCUUUUUAAAUGCAUCUUGGUUCUGCUUUUUAUUAAAAAAUCCCUCUGAUUCAAA